CUCAGACAGCGGGGGGUGGUCUGGGGAGGCCUCCCAGAGGAAGAAGUCCCAGAGCCCUGAGCAGCACGCUCCUUUUCCGAAGACAGGGCUCCCCUCCCCCAACCCUGCAGCUGCCUCUCUGGACAGAGGGAGGGGGAAGUGGCCAGAAGGGGAAGUGUGAGGAGUUCCCCUCCGGCCCGUCACCAGUCUCCUCAGGCCCUCGGAGCGGCGGCCAUGGCCAUGGAGCCUCUGGAGACACCCAUCAAGGACGGCAUCCUCUACCAGCAGCACAUCAAGUUUGGCAAGAAGUCCUGGAGGAAGGUAUGGGGUCUACUGUAUGCAGGAGGCCCAUCAGGCGUGGCACGGCUAGAGAGCUGGGAGGUCCGGGAUGGUGGCCUGGGGCCAACAGGUGACAGGUCUGUGGGGCCUGGCCGGAGAGGAGAGCGGCGGGUCAUCCGCCUGGCUGACUGCGUAUCCGUGCUGCCGGCUGACGGUGAGAGCUGCCCGCGGGACACUGGUGCCUUCCUGCUCACCACCACGGAGCGAAGCCACCUGCUGGCCGCACAGCACCGCCAGUCUUGGAUGGCCCCCAUUUGCCAGCUGGCCUUCCCGGGCACAGGGGAGAGCUCCCAAGGACCAGGGGAAGCAGAGGCUCCCAAGAAGGGCCUGGUCCAGAUGGAGGAGAACUCCAUCUACUCCUCCUGGCAGGAAGUGGGCGAGUUUCCAGUGGUGGUACAGAGGACGGAGGCAGCCGCCCGCUGCCAGCUGAAGGGGCCCUACCUCCUGCUGCUGGGCCAGGACUCCAUCCAGCUGAACGAGCCCGCCAGCCCCCAGGCGCUCUACACCUGGCCCUACCGAUUCCUGCGCAAGUUCGGCUCCGACAAGGGCGUGUUCUCCUUUGAAGCCGGCCGCCGCUGCGACUCGGGCGAGGGCCUCUUCGCCUUCAUCAGCCCCCGCUCCCGCGACCUAUGCGGGGCCGUAGCCGCCGCCAUCGCCCGCCAGCGGGAGCGGCUCCCGGAGACGGCGGGGCCCCAGCCCUGCCCCCUGCCGCGGGCCACCUCCCUGCCCUUGCUGGAGCCUCCGGGGGAGCUGCGGGAGGUGCCCCCGGGGCCCGAGGCGCCCGGCUCCCGGAGGGCGCGCGCGGCCAAGCCCGGGCCCCAGAGCCUGCCCCCUCUGCUGGGCCCCGCAGCCCCGGACGAGCCGGCGCCCGCGCUCUACGCGUCGGUGUGCAAGCGGGCCAGCCGGCUUCCGGACGCCGCCGAGCACCUGUACGAGAACCUGUGCGUGCUGGACGCCGGCCCAGCGCCCGACGUCGGCUGUCCGGAGCAGGAGGGCCCGGGCGGCCGCAGCCCCCUGGCCAGCCACAUCUACCACAAUAGCCAGGACCUGGGCUGGCCCGGCGCGGCCCAUGACAGCAGCCUGGAGGCCCAGUACCGGCGGCUGCUGGAGCUGGAGCUGGCCGACGACGGCGACGAGGCCGGGGGCUGCGCCCGCGCCGGUGCCCACUUGGGCUUCAAGGCCAAGCUGGUGACGCUGCUGAGCCGCGAGCGCAGGAAGGGACCGGCUCCCUGCGACAGGCCCUGACCGAGUAUCGUGGCGGCCGGAGGAGAGGAAGGCUCUCUCCCUGGGACAAGAGGGCGGGGGAACAAUGGACAUCUGCAGACACACCCCCACACUCACUCUAGCCUGGAGGGACAAGGCAGACAGCCUGGGGAGGACCCCUCAGGUGCCCUGCUGGACCCCAGUGUACAGUGUACAGAUUUGCUGGUAAUAAAGCCUUUUAGUU